AUGGCAUUGAUUUUGUCAGCAAACUGGAGAAAUUUUGAAUAUUUGAUAGUAACGGCAUUUAGAAAAUUACAGGUUCCGGAUGUGUUCUCGAAGGCAGCAGCUGCAGCACCUUGCCUUCUCUUUUUCGACGAAUUUGAUUCCGUUGCUCCAAAGAGGUGGCAUGAUAAUGCAGGGGUCACCGAACCCGUCAUCAAUCAGUUUUUUACUGAAUCAGAUGGCAUUGAAGUUUUAACCGGUGUGUUUGUGUUUGUGGAAACGAGGAUAUGCUUUCAGAUGCACAGCUGCGAGCAGAGAGAGUGAUUAGCAUGGGAAAAAGCCAGUUAUAACAGAACCUCUUCUGAAGUUGGUCGCUUCAAAGGCGAGCUUGUCAAUCUCAGAUGACAAGGAGAGGCGACUCUGUUUUCACUCCUUGAAUUCUA